GAGGCGGGGACUGCCUGCCCACUGCCCGCCGCUCCCACUCCUGGGCGCGCGCGCGCAGCCGGUGGAGGUGUGACUGGGCAAGGCGCUGGCGGUAACUUCUCUGUGAACGGAGCAACCAAAACGACUUCUCGCAGAGUUGCAGAAGGUGAAAAUGCGCCAUUAACUAAUUCUGCAUAAAGUUCCAGUCACCGCGCAAGAGAUGUUCCAUCCACCCACUCCUUAGGAGCUGCCCACUCCUAAGAGGAAGAAAGCAACUAAGAGGAAGUUCGAGGAUGCCGGUUCCGGGAGGCUGUGGCCAUGGCACAGAGGGCGGCCGGCCCCAUGUGGUGGGGCUCCGUGCGGUGCUCCUGGUUCCGGUGCUGCUCCUGAGGCUCAUGCUGCUCACCGCAGGUGUUCUGGAAGUGGAGAUGGCAGGGAGGACUCAGAUGGUUCUCCUGAAUGAAAAUGCGACUAUCUUGUGCAAGAUCCCUGGUUUCCCACACCUGGACAUCAACAGUAUGGGUAUCACCUGGUUUCGGAAGGCUCAGGUGUCUGAAACAGAGAUCAAACUGUUUGAAUUUUUUGGAGACCACAAAGUGGCGUUCCGACAUGGAGCCAACGUGUCUCCAUGGAGGCUGAAGAGGGGGGAUGCCUCACUGCAGCUGCCUGGGGUCCAACUGUGGGAAGCAGGAGAGUACCGAUGUGAGUUGGUGGUCACUCCUCAGAAGGCACAGGGGAGAGUCUGGCUGGAGGUUGUAGCUCACCCAGUCAGUAGCUUGUUUCUGGAGCAAGCCAUGGUGAAAGAUAAUGAAGACAAACAUAUUUUGUGUAAGUCAAGUGGAUUCUACCCAGAGGAUAUUAGCAUAACGUGGAAAAGGUGGACCCAGAAGGAUCCCCAGUUCCAGGAGAUUUCUGAGGACAUCAUCACUGGCCCCACCAUCAAGAAUGAGGAUGGUACAUUUAAUAUCACUAGCUACUUGAGGCUGAAGCCCUCUCUGGAAGACAAUGUGACCAUCUACCAGUGUGUGGUAUGGCAUGUAUCCUCACUCAUGUGCCAGAGUUUCAACUUCACCCCAAUUCUGAUAGAAUCUGAGAAGAAAACUGACUCGUGGAUUGUUUGGUUGUGUAUUGGAUUGAUCUUUACUGUACUGAUCUUAGUAAUUUUAUUUUUAUAUUUUUUUCUUUGGAAAAGGAAAAGCAGAACAAUCCAUUAAUCAAGAAAAAAGGCUGUUUGUCUAAAGUUGGCCAACUGAUUCAUAGAGCCUGCUGGAGGGUGAGAGACACUGGAAUCAGAGCCUGCUACAGGAUGAGAGACCCUGGAAGCUGGAGCUAGUUGCUCUAGUGGAGGCCAGUCUAGAUCAGAUGACAGCCACCAGACAUGUAAGCAAAUCUAGCUAAGAUCAUCAGCACCAACAGAACCAACUCUCAAAUGCAUGAGAAAUACUUAUUUUUUCUUUUUCUUUUUCUUUUUUUUCGGGGGUGGGCUGUGUCACGGCAUGUGGGAUCUUAGUUUUCCUGGCCAGAGAUCGAACCCGUGUCCCCUACGGUGGAAGCGUGGAGUCGUAACCACUGGAGCACCAGGGAAGUCCCUUUUUUUUUCUUUCUUUCUUUCUUUUUUUGAGAAAUACUUAUUUUUUCAAAGCCACUGUGUUUUAGGGUGGCUUGUUACGUAUCAAAAGCUAACUGAUACAGCUCCCCAGGAAGUUGAAUUUUGACCCAAAAGUGUGGUUGCCAUGGAUAUGUGCUGCUGAGACCCCCUCCAAGACAGAGCCUGCUAUGAAGAGUGUACUUAGCCACCAUGUUCCAGCUAUGGCAUCUCUGGGAUCUGCUGUAGCUUUUGAGCUUAUGCCAUGCUCUCCUGGCCAGCCAAUGGCUGAUCAAGGCAGGAAUCUUUGGAGCUCCCUGUUGGGGUGGCUGAGAUUUUCUUGGAGUUGCACUGUCAUCUGACGCUCUUGCUAGCCAAUCGUCCUUUCUUCCUCCCUUCACAGGUAUCAGACCUAUGUCAAAGUUUCAGUCAGAACUGUAGUUAUUUACUUCCCUCUGGUUUACCCUGGAGUAUCUUCUCUUCCCCAAUAAUAAUGGCAUUAUGGGAAAAACUGGAGUUGAUCAAAUGAAGAGUACGCAGAGGCAGGGCUGCGUAAUAAAUUGUGUAGUGUAUCACUGCUUCACUCAUUGGCAUCAGUUCCUGGAAGGACCUAAGUAUGGGGGAAAGACAGAACUUCAUACUCCUGUACCCAGGUUGGCCAGUCUAGGUAGCCUGCCUUUCACAUCACUCCAGAGUUGGGCCAGCCCAGAGUGGAAAUAGAGUAGCGUGUAGGUAGAUGAAGAUGUACAAUGCCCCAAUCAGGUGGUCCUGGCACAGAGGAUGCCAGUAAUCUAGAUUCUAAUGCAACAAACCCACUCUUUGGAACUCAGUUCUGACCUUAAUCCCAUUGUUCGGCCUUUCCGCAACUCCUUUCAAGUUGGAACAGAUCUGUUGUUCUUCAGGCCUGCCCCAGUCUAGGGUCAGCAGCAUUCAUGUCUUCUUCCCCCAAGUCUUCUGCAUGUCUUGGUACAAUAGGGUGUCUGACACUGGACCUGGGGAGACCUCAGAGGUGAGCCCAGAGAUGUGUGGGGAUCCAGGGCUACUCCCUGCAGCAAGCUCCCUAGGAAAGUUCUCCCUAAAAGAAGAUGUUGGAGAGGAACUCAAGAGCAGGACAGAGCUGGGAGGAUGCUACCUGAGGAGAAUGGGUUCCAUAGAAGCUGGGUGAGUCCUCCCCAGCAGAAAGGCUGGAGGUCCACCUUAGUGGGCCACAUGUGGGCCAUGUGGUGACUGGCUGGAGAUGCCAAAUCCAGAGGCAUUAGGCCUGAGCAGGUUUCCAGUAUGGCUAGUGGGCUAGUUUUUCCAGACUAGCAAUUCAGUUU